GGGGGAGCCUGCUGCUGUUGUGGAAGGGAAGCGAAGGGGUAAGAGCCAAACCAUGAGAAGCAGGUCUGAUAUGGCUGAGGGCUCUGUCAUCCAGUGCUGGAGAAUCCUUAGUUGAGGAAGAAGGUGGCCAUUUUGGGGGCUCUCUUGUUGAAUUCGACAUCAUCGGAAUAGAGGUGACAGAGAUGAAGGAACUGGCAGAAUGGAAUUGAGUCUUCACAGGAAGCAAAGUGUGAGGAUGUAUAGUCCAGCUAACUGUGGGAGUUGGUGGAUUUGUGGGGAAUUUAUGAAAGACCUGUGGCCAAUCCUCAGCACAGUGAAUGUUGAGUGCACCUUUCCUUUGCAGAAGAAUGCAAUACCUGGGCCAUUAUUGAAAACAACUGAUUCAUUCUUCAAUGGACAGAACUGUAACUUCAAUCUGGAAGUUGAGAAGCAGCUACAACUAAAGAUGAAUAUCCUUUUCUCUCUGGUUCCAACCUUGGCUGACGAGAUGAAUAUUCUGUCUUUCUGCUGGCAUCAAUAUCCUAGAAUUUGAAUCAGCCUGAAUGAUCACCCCAUUAUUCUCAGUGGAUGUAUGCCCACAGGCUUAAAUUGCUGCUAAUUUGGCACUCAACUGGGAAUCUCACAGAAAGGCCACGUGACUGACUGCUCUGGGACUCUUAACUGAGAGAUUUGUGCUGUAGAAGAUGUUUUUUUCUGAGGUUCAGGUUAAGCUGUGCUGCUGGAGUUGAAUAAAACGAGCUUUGCAUUAUAACUAGCCGCCUUGCACCUUAUCUGAGAGUGAUGGUGGCGUUAUGUUUUGGCUAUUUCCCUGCACUCAUAUCCAUUAGGAGGAUCACACCCCUUCCUCAAAUAUUGCGACAAUACCAGCAAAAUGUAGAUUUGAAAUGAAUGUUCACAGUAGAUUGGAGUUCUGACAUGCUGAUAUGGAAUAGCCAAAGGCGACUUUAACAAGAAACUUCAAUCUAUUCUUAAAGCGCAAAUGUCUAACAUGAUUUUGACCCUGCAGCUGAAACAAUGUCCCCUGCCCCCCUCAUAGUUUAGUCCAAUUUAACCAAUUCCAGAGAGCCUUUGAUUCCAGCCUAUUGCCAUCGAUUAGAAUUAGGUUUCGAUACUGAUCCAAGGAACGUAGAACUUACCCGCCUCGACACCAUGAGUCCAGAAGAAGCAAAAUACUGCUAGAAGACUGAAAUACAAACGGAAAGUCCUGGAGAAACUCGGCAGAAUGCUUUGCAAGUGGUCAACUGUGAAAUUUAAGCUGAAGAAGAUAAUUUUACUGCUUUUGUCCUUUGCACUGCCCUGCCUAUUAAAACUUCUCUACAAUCAUGGAAUGGUCGUAGGUUCACAGAAAACAUGGUUGGUCGAACCUUUCUGGAGCACCUCUCAGUACGUGCGCAAUAGAAAGAACAGCAAGUACUUGCAACUAAACCUUCAAAUUAAUUGCACUGCCAUCUAUGAAUGUAGCCCAGUGGAAGUGGGUAAAACAUUAGAAAUACGCAAGGGUAAUAUUAUUGAUCUGGAAGACGAAGAUGUUGAGUUGAUGACAUCUGACUGUGAUCAAUAUCUUUUGCAAAGAGGAUAUCGAAACAAUCUCAUCUCGGAAGUGGAAAAGGAGUACCCUUUGGCAUUUUCUAUGGUGGUUCAUAAAGAUGCUGUUAUGGUGGAAAGGAGCUUAAAAAUGAUUUACAUGCCUCAGAAUAUAUACUGCAUUCAUUAUGACCAGAAAUCCUCAAACUCAUUCAAAUCCGCCAUGGACAACUUAGCCAAGUGCUUUCCGAAUGUGUUCAUUGCAUCAAAGUUGGAAUUGGUACAUUAUGCUCACAUUUCCAGACUACAAGCAGAUCUUAAUUGUUUGUCUGAUCUUCUUGAGUCGUCUGUCCAAUGGAAGUAUGUGAUCAACUUGUGUGGCCAAGAUUUACCAUUGAGGUCCAAUUUUGAACUGGUGUCUGAGUUGAAGAAACUGAAUGGAGCUAACAUGUUGGAAUCUAUGAAACCCAGCGAUACUAAAAAAGAGCGAUUCUUGUAUCGUUACAAGCUUUCAGAUAAUUCAAACGAAGAUGGACAGGUCAAACUCAUCAAAACUGAUGUUGAGAAGGAGCCCUCCCCCCAUAAUAUUGAAGUAUUUACUGGCAGUGCCUAUUUUGUUUUGAGUUACGAUUUUGCCAAAUACAUCACUUCCAGUGUGGUGGCCAAAGAUUUUCUUGCCUGGUCCGCAGAUACAUACUCACCAGACGAGCACUUCUGGGCAAGCAUGGUCCGGGUUCCUGGGGUGCCAGGUGAGAUCUCCCGCUCGGAGGCUGAAGUGACUGAUCUGCAGAGUAAGGUUAGGCUGGUGAAAUGGAGCUACCUGGAGGAGGCGCUAUACCCACCCUGCACAGGCACUCACCGCCGCAGCGUCUGCAUCUACGGCUCUGCUGAGCUCAGGUGGCUCCUUGACUAUGGCCAUUGGUUUGCCAAUAAAUUUGACUCCAAAGUGGACCCUGUAUUAAUUAAAUGUUUGGAACUGAAGAUUAGAGAACGCCAAUACUUUUGGAUAGAUUUGAAUUCUCAAAAGUUCUCUAUUUAUAAUCAUAGUGAAAACUUUUGGGGCUGAAGUAAUGUAACAUUUUGUGUCAGAGGUGUUCACCAGCUUAAGCUUGAAAGGCAAAUACAAAAUCAAGUGAUGUUCUUUCCAACUUUGUGGAAAGCUGAAUCAGUGAAUUUACAAAGAGUAACAUGAAAAUCAUGUGGGUUAGUGGUAUUAACAUGGGGCUUUUAUGAAUUUAAUGAUGACCAUGAAACCAUUGUAGAUUAUCUGGAGAAAAAGCUCAUCUGCUUCAUUAAUAGCCUUGAAGGAAGGAAACUGCCAUUCUUAUCUGAUCUGUUCUAUAUGUGACUCCAGACCCAUAGCAAUGUGGUUGACUCUUAACUGCACUCUGGGCAAUUAGAGAUGGCUAAAGAAUGCCUGUCUAGUUAAUACCAUCCAUAUCCUGUUAAUAAAUAAAUAAAAACAUGCUUGCUAGGUAUCAGUUGAUACAAUUAUUGGUAAUGAACAGAAGGUGCCAAUUAUUGACGUGUUUGACAUUCCCUUUAUCCAGUAUGUGAACCUGAUACUAUCAUAGCUCAUUGUUCAAAUGUAGGAUGGAGAGUGUACUACACAGUCAGUGAUAAGAGUAAGGGUGAUAACUACAAUGGAAAUUUCAUGUUUUGUAUUUUCUAUAUUCAUUGUAUGAUCCUCUGUUGUCCUUGAUCCUGGAAAUGUAAUAAUGUCAUGCCAUAACCGGUAUCUCUUAAAGCUGCAAAUGAUUUAACAUGAUGCAAGUUAAAAGUUGAAGGGUGGAAUAUUAGAUUAUUAAUAAGGUACACACCAGAAAGUGGAAACUAAAUAUGCAAUUUUCAGGACACUUGGCUGUGGUUUAAUGAAAAGAGGUUGUUUCCUGAGGAGCUUGAUGUAAUAAUGUAAUCCAUUUUCUCAUUCAAAUGUUUCCUACUGAAUGUUUUUCAAUAAUUUAUGGCUAUGGUAAUGUGAUCUGCUUUGACAAUAUCAGGUUUGCAGGCUUCGGUAAGCAACUUCCAUCAAUGUCAAGCCACCGCAGUGUGUCCUGACUUUAGCCUAUAUGACAAUAUCUCUCAGCUGCAAGCAGACCUCCAGUAAGUUGUGCCAAUUUGCUUUAUAAGCAGAAUUGAAAUUCCCAGAGCCAUCAAUGUGUAGCAUUUACUUGCAUUGAUUUUGUUAAAAAUAUUGGUAUUGGCAUGGGUAAGGAGGGAAUAAUUUUAUCUGAAGGUUCAGUACAUGGUGUAAAUAUUCAUCUGAUGUGAUUUUAUCAUCAUGCCCAUGUGAAAACUGUAGUGGAUUCUUGGUGAAUUUGUAUUGGGUUGAACAUUGGCUUGUGUUUUAUUGGAUUUUUCAACCCUGAGCCCUGGAAUCUGCCUGGACUAAUGAGAUGGAAUAGCAAACUAAACACAGGAGGAAUAGGCGAUUAGUGAGGACUGCAGAUGCUGGAAAUCAUAGUUUAGAUCAGAGUGGUGCUGGAAAAGCACAGCAGGUCAGGCAGCAUCCAAGGAGCAGGAAAAUCGACGUUUCGGGCAAAAGCCCUUCAUCAGGAAUAGAGGCAGGAAGCCUCCAAGGUGGAGAGAUAAAUGGGAGGGGAGGAGAUGACCUGGAGGUUGCAGUGAAAGAGAGACUCACUGAGACUCUUGUGGAGAGAGGAGGAGAACUUCUUCAAGGUAGGCAAGAGGAUUCGCAGUAAGGUUAAUAUCAA